UAUGAAAAUUGGAUGUGUAACGUAUUGUGAAUGCUAACCACAUUACAGUAACUUUUGGGUGCAGCGGCGAGAGUGAGAGUGAACAUGGCAACUGCGGGGAGUAAGAAGCCUUUAUCAUUGCAGCAAUUCAUCUCUGUUACCGCUCCUCUUCUUGAUUUGGAAAAGGAAGCUGAGAUUUCAAGCUCAAUUGCUACAGGUGCGUCCAGGAAUUUGGACACCGCUCAAAAGAGGGGUUCCACAAUCCUUAACUUGAAGUGCAUCGAUGUCCAGACAGGGCUUAUGGGGAAGUCUCUGAUCGAGUUCCAGUCUACAAAAGGAGAUGUUCUUCCUGCACAUAAGUUUGGUACUCAUGAUGUUGUUGUUUUAAAACUUAACAAGGCUGAUUUAGGUUCUCCUGCUCUUGGACAAGGUGUUGUUUACAGAUUAAAGGACUCGUCAAUAACUGUUGCUUUUGAUGAUAUACCGGAAGACGGUUUGAACAGUCCCCUAAGGCUGGAAAAAGUAGCAAAUGAGGUGACAUAUCGCAGGAUGAAAGAUGCAUUGAUACAGUUGAGCAAAGGAGUGCACAGGGGUCCUGCCUCUGAUCUGAUUCCUGUCUUGUUUGGGGAGAGGCAACCUGCAGUGUCCAAGAAGGAUAUAUCCUUUACUCCCUAUAAUAGAAAUCUUGAUCAGUCUCAGAAAGAAGCAGUUUUGAAAGCUCUGUCGUCAAAGAAUGUGUUCUUGUUGCAUGGACCACCUGGAACGGGAAAAACUACAACAGUUGUAGAAAUUAUAUUACAAGAAAUAAAACGUGGAUCUAAGAUUCUUGCUUGUGCAGCCUCAAAUAUUGCUGUUGACAACAUUGUAGAGCGGCUCGUUCCACAUAGAGUUAAGCUGGUGAGAGUGGGUCAUCCUGCACGCUUAUUGCCUCAAGUACUGGACAGUGCGCUGGAUGCUCAGGUACUACGAGGAGAUAAUAGUGGUCUUGCAAAUGACAUUCGGAAAGAAAUGAAGGCAUUGAAUGGAAAACUUCUGAAAACCAAAGACAGAAAUACAAGAAAGGAUAUACAGAGGGAACUUAGGACUCUAUCCAAAGAAGAACGUAAAAGGCAGCAGCUUGCUGUAACAGAUGUACUUAAAAGUGCAGAUGUAAUAUUAACUACUUUGAUUGGGGCUUUCUCCAAGAAACUAGACAGCACUUCAUUUGAUUUGGUGAUUAUUGAUGAAGCUGCUCAAGCACUUGAGAUAGCAUGCUGGAUACCUCUGCUGAAGGGUUCAAGAUGUAUACUUGCAGGGGACCAUCUUCAACUUCCUCCAACCAUUCAAAGUGUUGAAGCUGAGAAGAAAGGCUUAGGAAGAACUCUCUUUGAACGACUUGCAGAAACGUAUGGAGAUGAAAUCACAUCAAUGCUUACUGUGCAGUACCGUAUGCAUGAACUUAUCAUGGAUUGGUCUUCUAAAGAGCUUUACAACAGUAAGAUCAAGGCUCAUGCAAGUGUUAGUGCACAUAUGUUAUAUGAUCUUGACAGUGUGAAGCGGACAUCUUCAACUGAACCAACCCUUCUUCUUGUAGACACAGCUGGAUGUGACAUGGAAGAAAAGAAAGAUGAAGAAGAUAGCACCUUUAAUGAAGGUGAAGCUGAAGUUACUGUGGCUCAUGCGAAGAGACUAGUGCAAAGUGGGGUGCUUCCUUCUGAUAUAGGAAUUAUUACCCCAUAUGCUGCCCAGGUUGUUUUGCUCAAGAUGUUGAAAAACAAGGAGGACCGGUUGAAGGAUGUUGAAAUCUCAACAGUUGAUGGUUUCCAAGGAAGGGAGAAGGAAGCCAUUAUCAUAUCAAUGGUUCGAUCAAAUUCAAAAAAAGAGGUUGGCUUUCUAAGUGAUCGGCGGCGAAUGAAUGUAGCCGUGACACGGUCUAGAAGGCAAUGCUGUCUUGUCUGUGACACAGAGACAGUCAGUGGUGAUGGAUUUCUAAAGCGAUUGAUUGAGUAUUUUGAGGAGCACGGUGAAUAUCUGAGUGCAUCUGAGUACCAGAAUGAGUAGACCAGACUCUCAAGAUUAAGACAUCUAUCGUUGCACUCGUGCUUAUUUUGGUGGAUUCGUGAACGUUAGUAAAAUAUUUCCAAUGUAUUUGGAAAGGAAAGCCGUUGAUAGUUUAUGUUGAGGAACCAUUCAUCUAGGAGAAAUAGGAGAAAAAAAACUCUUGGAAU